GGGGGGGGUGGGUCCAAAAUUUCUACCCUAUACACUUCAACACUCCUUUCAGAUCGUGUUUCACAAAAUAAUAUGAUAUUUGUAAUCAGCACACAUAGCGCUAUCAAACUAGAAAGACUUCUGAUGGAAAAGAGAAAAAAAAUUUUUUUCGAAACCUCAGGGGGACUCCAGGGGUCAAAAAAUUGAGUUGUGAUAAAAUACAAAAUAAACUUGUGAAAAAUAAUCAGGGCUCAAUGCGGGUGUGGGUGUGGGUGUGGGUGUGGGUAUGGGUGUGGGUGUGGGUGUGGGUGUGGGUGUGGGUGUGUGUGUGUGUGUGUGUGUGGGUGUGUGUGUGUGUGUAUGUGGGUGUGGGUGUGGGUGUGUGGGUGUGUGGGUGGGUGUGUGUGGGUGUGUGUGGGUGUGGGUGUGGGUGUGUGUGGGUGUGUGGGUGUGGGUGUGGGUGUAUGUAUACUUAUGCAUGUUGAAAUAAAGUUAUCUAUCAAUGUUAUCACUCACAAGUGAAAUAUGUUUUAUUCUUCCACAUAUUAUCUAAUACGAGAUUUAACACAUCCACACCGUCAUCUUUAAGAUUUUAAAAUUUUUCUUUAAAUCUUUGUCAUCAUUAGGAUCGAUGUUUGUGUCAAUUUUCUAUGAGAAUCAGAACUCCCGACUAGGAUAUAUUCUUACUCUUGUUAUCAAUCGACCAACAAGUACUGUUCUUGAAUAACAAAAAAAGAAAACUAUAAAACUGAUUUUUUUUGCGGAUGUUUAGGUUUUUAUAAUCUGUAGAACUCUAAUCUCUUAUUUUUUAGAUAUAUCGAUUUAAAUCUUACCAUCAUUCAACAAUGGAUAUGAAUGAAUAUGUACCAAAAUCUUCUGAACAACCCAGCGUGCAAGACGGCUUAUUGAAAAAGAAGAAAAAAAAGUGUCAUGGUAAUCGAAAAUUACAACAUUUUAGACGCAAAUGUCGAGCAAAAGGAAUGACUGAUCAAGCAAUUGAAAUGUUAAUAUUGCUUAAAAAAGAAAAUAUAUCAAUGCAUCAAAAUACUCAACAAACAUAUGAAGAACAAAUGGAUGGAUAUUUUAUAGUAAAUACGGUGAGAUGGUUAACAGAUUUUACAAUGUUACAAUUUCUACAACAACGUGCUGAAUUAAUGUGUACUGUUUUACAAUUAAAAAUCGAACAAGAUUAUUGGAAUAAUAUAGCCAAUUUGAUAACCAUACCUGUAGUAGUUUGGUUAUCAGAAGCUGGUAAAGAUAUUACGAAACAAAAUUCUAUCAAUUGGGAUCAUACGAAAACAAAAAUAAAUAUUCAACAUCGACAAAAAAUCAUUGAAAACAAAUUACAACAAGCAGAAUAUAAUUUAAACAUUCGUUUACAACAACAAUCAUGUCCAUUCGAUUGUGAAAUAUACAAUAAGACUUCUAUGGAUCAUUUCUUGAACAUCAUCUCUAAUGUUCUUGUUACUCUUGUCGAAAAUAGUCUGUAUUAUUUGCAUACCAACUUUGAACAGAAGAAAAUCUUAUUAAACUUUGAUAUCACUGAUGCAAAUCUUGUCAAAUCAUUCUAUGAUUUAAAUCCAACAGUGGAACAGAUUGUUAUCGUUCGAAAAAUUUGGCGAGAUCAACUCGAACUUUGCAAAAAAGUAAUUCGUCAAAAAAAGAAGAAUCGUUCAAGCUCGAUAUAUCAACAAAUUGCAUGGAAGAAUGGUGCUGCUCUUGAACAAGAUCCAUUACUUUUAAACGACAAUGAUUCUAUAACAGAAGUUGACAAUUUAUUGGCCAACGAAACUCAAGAAGAAGUUCCAACCAAAUUUCAAGUGAAAUCAUUGGAAGAACAAGAUUUAUCACAAAGAUUAAGUCAAUUAUCUAUGACUUCACAUUACAUAACUGAACAUCUCAAUAUGGUCAAUGUAGAUACUUCGGAAAAUAUUCCAUUAUAUCUAUCAAAAGAAAAUAAAUCUUUCGAACAAAUUAUCAGUGAUUUAUCGUCAAAUGAAUUGGCCGAAGAAUUACGACAAAUGGCUAUUGUGAUACAUCAAAUUUUUUUAAUAGAUUUAGAAAAAUUACUCUGGACAACUUAUUUAAAAUCAGGUACAGGUCAACUUCAAUUAAAUCAUAUGGAUAAUGAUAAUUUGAAUCGUCCACAUCUUUGGCCAAUUCAGGUACAAAAACUUGUUAGUAAACAAUCACCUGAUAACAUUGAUACUGCUGCUUGUUUAACUUACGUCACACAAUAUCUUGAUGAAUUAGAUGAUAAAAUGAAACGAUAUCAAACUACAUAUAAUAUGAAAAAAAAUCAAUAUGUAAAUUAUCUACCAACAAUUCAAGCAUUUGUUCAUCAACAACUUCAAUCUACUCGCUUGGCAAUAGAACAAAAAAUCGCAAUUGUUCACUACAAUUACAAUGAUUAUGUCUUGGAAUUAAAAUUUUUAGCAUAUAAUCCAACUCAACAACAAAAAAAAAUGGUUGAAAAAUUAAAUCAUGCAAAGUAUCAAGAAGAAAUUACUAAAGAAGAAUAUAAUUUAUUGAAAUAUCGCAUUUCAAUUGAAGAAUCAUCGUCAACAUCUCUCGAAUUACCUAAUGAAAAACUUUUGAAAACAAUUGAAGAUCAAUCUAUUCAACAAAAACUUCGUGAUCAAUAUAUAAACACAGCACUACAAGCAAGAAAAGAUAUGAUACAGUUGUAG